ACUGCAACCAUCGAAAUGGAGGGCGAGCGAAUGACGGCUGAAGAUGAGAGAUUGUUGGCUGGUAUCGAGCGUGAGGGGAGUGGCGAUGUGUACAAGGGGAGUGGCAGUGGGGUGAGCAGUGACGAUUUGAGUUUUGAGGCGCGUCAGUACAAGGGGAGUGGUAGCAAUGUUAGGGGGGGGGACGAUCUGCGAAGCUCCACUAGCAGGGCGGGCCUAGAGGGCCUAGAAGGUCGAGAGGGUCGAGAGGACCUAGAGGGCCUAGAGGCGCCUCAGAAGGAUGCUACAGGUUGGCCGGGGGGUCAGAGCUUGGCUCAAGUGCGGACUCAGCCUGCUACAGACGGCGGUAUGCAGAUGGAGGGCGCUACAAGUGGGGGCUAUGUGGCACAUGCGAUGGAUGGUAUGCCAUUCAAUGCCGCCGCCGCCGCAGGGGCUGCCGUGCGUGCUGAGAGUCUUCCCCAUGCUGGCGUUGCUUCUGUCUCAGCUGCCGCUGCUGGUUCUCGUGCAGCAACGCCAAUGCCUGGUGUGCAUGUCACUGCUUCUUCUUCUUCUUCUGCUCCUGCUGCUGCUGCUGCUGCUGCAUUCUCGCGAGCAGGAACACCCAUGCCAGGAGUGCAUGCUGCUGGUUUACCUCCUCCUGCUCCUGCUCCUCCUGCCGCUCACCCUGCAAUGCUUUCCCGCUCCACAACUCCCAUGCCUGGACUGCAUGCUGCUGCUGCAUCUCCUCCUCGUCCUCCUCUUCCUCCUGCUGCUGCUUCUCAUGCUGCAGUGCCUGCAUCAUUUUCCCGUGCAUCAACGCCCAUGCCGGGUGUCUACGCUGCCCCCUUGCCUCCUGCUGCUGUCGCCUCGUCUGCUUCUGCUGUGGGCUCUCGCACAGUAACGCCCAUGCCAGGGGUCUACCUUCCGCCUGCUGCUGCUGCUGCUCUUCCUCCCCACCCUCCCCACCCUGCUGCUACUCACUCCAGUCCUUCUCGUGCGUUCUCCCGCACAGCAACGCCCAUGCCGGGAAUCCAUGCUGCUGCAUCUGCUGCUGUCCCUGCAACUGCUACUAGUGCACCUGCUCUCUCCCGCACAGCAACGCCCAUGCCUGGAAUCCAUGCUGCUGCAUCAGAUUCCGUUGCUCCUGCGUCUGCUCCUGUCUUUCCACCUGCCUCUGCUGCACCUGCUCUCUCCCGCAUGGGAACGCCCAUGCCAGGAGAUGCCGGAUCCAAACUGCAGGGCACCGCAAUUCCCACAGCCAGGCAAGGAGCCACAGCCGCAGCCAGAGCCACAGUCAGAGCCAGGGGGGGUGGGCUGGUGCCCACACGCAUACUCGAGUUAGUGCUGCAGGUGCAGGUGGUGCUGCUCAGGGGGUUUGGGCUGGCAUGGAGGGGCCAGGCGCAGUGGGUGGAGCCCAGAGUGGCUGGGAGGUUCGAACGGGCUCUGAGUCAGUCCCUGGCACGUGCUGCUGUGAGCAUGUGUUUUGAUGGUAACGUACUUGACCACUCCCAACCCCAUGCCCACUCUCGCGCCCGCUCCCACUCCUACUCCCGCGCCCACGCCCACUCUUACAACCUCGGCCACAGCAACGACUUUUAUCGCGACCAGGGGCGUUUGCAGAACUCGGAGACGGACGAGGAGGAGGAAGAGAGGCCGUGGCUGCGUAUCAAGCCCCGUGCCACUCAAACCGGCACCGAGCGCAAGCCGCAGCAGAGCACGAGCAGCGUCAGCAGCCGGCAUACCAACAGGACAGAGAGUAUCCUGUGGCCCGCAACUGCACCCAGUUUUGGUGCCGCCGUCGCUCCUGCUGCUGCUGCUACUGCUGCUGGUGGUAGCAUUGCUGCUGCGAGUGGUACUGCUGUGGGUUGGGAGGGGGCAGGGGGAGAUGUGCGGCGAAGGAGGGGGCUCUCCCUGGGUGGAGCUUCAGAGAUUUCGUCCAUCCGGAGCAGGACACGUGGCAGGGGCGGGUCUCUCAGUGACGUCACCAGUCUGGGGAUGAGUGAGGGGGAGGGAGUGACAGAGAGUGAGGGAGUGAGUGAGAGAGGGAGUGAGGGGGAGAGCACGAGGUCAGUUGAGGCAGAACUAGGGGAUCUGAUGGAUGCCUUGGAUGGGGAGCUCUCUCCCUUCUGGACUGCCCAUAACAGUGUGGGGAGCUUGGGCAGCGUUGGAGGGGGCAGGACUGGCAGCAUUGGCAGCGUUGGGAGUAGUCUGGGGAGGAUGCUGAGGGGGAGUGUGGGGAGUUUUAGGUCGGUGAGAGAGGGGGAGGGGGAGGGGGGGAACGGGCGUGUGGGGGAGGGAGUGGCUGGGAAGGAUGUGGGCGGGACAGAGGCAGGGAUGGGUGAGGAGGAGAGGCAGGCGAGGAUGGAUGUGUGGAGAGAAGUGAUGGGGAAUUACUGGGAGUUGAGAGGGGCAGGUGCACAUGGUUUUAGGCAGGAAGGUGCAGAUGUUCACGCACAUGCAGACGCACAUAUGCAGGCAGAUGCAGAGACUGACUCAUACCCAGGCAGCUAUGAUGCUGGUUACGACGACCGGCCCGGGAUUGCCCGCGCAGAUGUGGUGGAUGCGAUGCAUGGUGAUGGCACGGGUCCGAGCAUAAAUGGAGAGGUGCAGGGCAUGUAUGUCCGAGAUGACCUACGGGAUGAUGGAGAGGAGCGAGGGGAGGAGGUUGAUGGUGAGGAGACAGAAGAGGAGGAAGAGGAGGAUGGAGAGAGGGUGGUGGUGGUGUUCAAAACGGCCACCAGAGCUGCAGUGGUGCUUGCAGAGGGGAGCGAUUUGAGCGAUGGGGAUGGUGUUGUUGAUAGGGUAAGUGAUGCUGACGUGGCGAGCUACGCAGAUGUGGCAAGCGAUGUUGACGUGGCACUUGACUCUGGGGUUGCAGACCCGGAGGAUGGUGUGCUUAACGGCAUGCAUGACAUGCGUGAUGAUGAUGAUGGGGAUGGUGGGGAGGAUGGGGAGGAUGGGGCGCUGCAUGAGGAGGAUCCAGAGGACGAGUUGGAGGAGGAAGAAGAAGAGGAGGAGGAUGAGAGGGUGGUAGUGGUGUUUAAGACGGCAACCAAGGGAGCAAUGGUUGAAGAGGAAGAAGAGGAGGAUGAGCAUGAGGACGUGAGAGUUGAUAGUGCUGCCGACCAUGGUCAUGUCUCUAUGUCCGAGCAUGGGUCCCUGACCGAUGGCCAUCUUGAUACGGAUAUCGAGGAUGCUGAUAACGAGUUUGAGGAUGGUGAGAGGGUGGUGGUGGUGUUCAACCGACCCAGGACCGCUGAAAGGAUGCUGGAUAUGGAAGCGGAGAGAGAGGAUAUGGAGGAAGAGGAAGAGGAGGAGGAGGAGGAGGAGGAGGAGGAUGCGGUGCUGCUAGGCAGUGUGGCUGGGGACGCGUUUCAAACAGGCAGCCAAACAGCCAGCCAUGUGGGAAGCCACAUGGGCAGCCCAACAGGGAGUCUUGUGGGUGAGGAGGAAGGAAGCGAGGCAGGGGAGAUGGAGGAGGAGAUUCAUGCCAGUAGCGAGGAUGACAGUAUGGGGGAUGGUGAGAGGGUGGUGGUGGUGUUUAACCGACCCAAAACAGCUGAGAAGAGGGAGGAUAUGGAGGAGGAGGAGGAGGAGGAGAGGGAGGAGGAUGGGGAGAGGGAGGCUGAUGAUGAGGUGAUGCUAGGCAGCGUGGCUGGGGAUGCGUUCCUCCAAACAGGCAGCCAUCCAGGGAGUCAUGUGGAUGAGGAGCUUGGUGCUGGUAGCGAGGAGGGCAGUAUGGAGGAUGGCGAGAGGUUGGUGGUGGUGUUUAAGAGGGCGACACUUGCUGAGAGAGAUGAGAUCGAGGAGGAAGAGGUGGAGGAGGAGGAGGAGGGUCGGAGUGAGAAGGGUUUGAAGCACCAUUCGGAUGGCUUGGAUGUUGGAGAGGAAGAGCAGAGGGAGCAUGAGGAGGAGGGUGGGGAGGAGGAUGGGGAGGAGGAGGAGGAGGAGCACGAGGAAGAGGAUGAGGUGGAGGAAGGUUAUGAGGAGGAGGAGGAUGGGGAGAAGAGGAAGGAGAUUGAGCGGUGGAUUGAGGUGGCAGAGAGGGAGCUGGCGCAGCAGAGCCCGGGGGCUGGCAGCAGGCGCAGUGGCAGCGGGGUGAGCAGCAUUGACCUGAGCUUUGAGGUUGAUAUCAGCAGGAGUAGGAGUAGGAGCAGGAGCACGAGUGGGAGUGGGAGUGGGAGUGAGAGUGGAAGUGGGAGUGGGAGUGGGGGUGGGAGUGAGAGUGAGAGUGAGAAUAGGAGCAGGAGCAGAAGCCGCAGUGCGAGUGAGACAGAGGGGAGUGGGAGUGAGAGAGAGGGGGCGAGGGGGAGUAGAAGGAGUGGGAGGAUGAGCAGUGAGGAGGUGAGUGAGGAGGGAUCAGAGCGAGUGAGGGUGAAGAACAGUGUUAGCAGCAGAAGCAGAAGCAAAGGCAGCAGAAGCAUGCCUCGCAGUGGGAGAAGGAGCAGAAGCAGGAGCAGAAGCAACCACAGCAGCAGAGCAAGAAGCAGGAGCAUUCACAGCAGCAGGAGCGGGAGCAGGAGGAGGAGCAGGAGCAGGAGCAGGGGCAGCAGUAGGAUCAGGAGCAGCAGAAGUGGAGGGAGUGGGAAAAGGGAGAGUGUGGCGGAUAGUGCAAACGAGGGGGUGAGUGUGGGAGGGAGUGAGAGGGGAGGUAAAACUGGUAGUGCGAGCACGAGAAGAAGCGAUAAGACACAGAGCAGUAGCGUGAGCGAGCGAGCGAGUCACCACUUGCACGCGAGAGAGGGGAGGAGUGUGGACGGGAGUGUGAAAUCAAGUGAGAGCGAGAGAGGAAGCGCCAGCAAGAGUGUGAGUGGUAGUUGGAGCGAUGGGACGAGCAAGCACAGUGCUACAGGCAGUGCUACAGGCAGUGCUACAGGCAGUGCUACAGAUAGUGCUAAGGGAUCCGAGACUCAGAGUGGCAGUGAGCGGAGUAGUAGCAUCAGUGGGAGCAGCCCUGGAAGCGAUGUGAGAGCGAGGGGUGGUAGCAGAAGCAGAGGAGAGAGGACGAGUGGAAGCCAGCACUCUAAAGCCUCAGAUAGCGAUGUUUCCAGUAGUGUGAGUGAGCAUGGUAGUGGGCAUGGGAGUGUGCAUGGUAGCGAACAUGGGAGUGGCGUGUUGAGUGGAUCACAUAGUGAAAAUGAGAGCGGCGUGCUCAGUGGGCUGCAUUGUGAGGAGGUUCGGAGUGAGAGACAGAGUGUGACCGCCAGUGAAGGUGAGGGGGGUGGAAAGGGGACUGGGAAGGGCAGUGUGAGUGGAAACGAAGGGGGAGGCAGUGUGGAGAACAGUGACUCGGAGAAUGUACGGGGGAAUAAGUCUGAGAGAGCAAGUGAGGGAGCGAGUGAGGGAGGGAGUGAGGGAGGGAGUGCGAGGGGGAGUGAGAGCCUGAGAAGCAGCAGAAGCCAUAGCACUUACAGCAGCACGCACAGCAUGGCAAAGAGUGAGCACAGCAGCCUACACAGUCAGCACAGCAGCCGACAUGGUCAGCACAGCAGUACACACAGUCAGCACAGCAGCCGACAUGGUCAGCACAGCAGCACACACAGUCAGGACAGCAGCCCACACAGUCAGCACAGCAGCCCACACAGUCAGCACAGCAGCCCACACAGUCAGCACAGCAGCCCACACAGUCAGCACAGCAGCCCACACAGUCAGCACAGCAGCCCACACAGUAAGCACAGCAGCCCACACAGUCAGCACAGCAGCCCACAAAGUCAGCACAGCAGCCCACACAGUCAGCACAGCAGCCCACACAGUCAGCACAGCAGCCCACACAGUAAGCACAGCAGCCCACACAGUCAGCACAGCAGCCCACAAAGUCAGCACAGGAGCCCACACAGUCAGCACAGCAGCCCACACAGUCAGCACAGCAGCAACGCGCAUAGCAGCAGGAGUGCGGCCAGCCGUUCUGCCAGCAGUGACAGCAGGAGUGGUGCGAGCAGCGGGCAUGCGGAAAGUAAUGCUGACGGUGCUGCUAGUGUUGCUAAUGCAUUGAGCAGAAGAAGCGAUGCGAGUGCUGGUAGUGAAUUCAGUCCAGAAAGUGGUGAUGGCGCUGCUGGAGUCACCCAAGCUGACAGCACAGGCAGUGAGCGGUCCAGAGCUAGUGGCAGCAUGAGCAAAACGAGCAGCGUGAGCAGAGGGAGUAGCAAGAGCAGGGGGAGCAGCAUGAGCAGCCACAGGUCGAGUGGUAGUGGGAGCAUGGGGAAGAGGAGCAGUGUUAGCAGGGAGGGCAGCUUCAGCAGUCGUGGGUCGGAUGGGGGCAGCCAUGAGGAGGGCAGCCAUGAGGGUGGUUCAAGGAGUGGUGAGAGUGAAGGGGAGGAUGCGUGGGGAGCAGUGGAGGAGAGUGGAGUAUUGGAGAGUGGAGUAUUGGAGAGUGGAGUAUUGGAGAGCGGAGUGAUGGAGGGAAGUGGAGCAUUGGAGUUUAGCAACGACGUGGAGAGGUUAAGUGAUGAGGAAGAGGAGAGGGAGGGACAGGGGGCUGAGGUUGAGGAUCAAGAGAGCGAGAGAGGUGGUGCAGAUGAUGUGUGGAGCAGUGACGGUGACGCAUGGCCCGAGGCAGAGGCAGAGGCAGAGGCACAGGAGGUAUCGGAGGGUGCAGGCGUGACUGUUGAUGGCCUAGCGAUGAAGACAGGAGCAGGGGCAGUGGAAGGAAGAGGCGUAGGGGCAGGGGGAGGAGCAGACACAGAGAGCGUGGAUGGGGCAAGGGGCAUCCUGGAGAGUGACGGUGAGGAGGAGGCGAGCUGGGUCAGCAGUAACUUGUCUGCACUGCAGCAGGUGAAGCUGGCGCCUGGACACGUGGCAGAUGGUGAUUGGACAGAGGAGUGGGAGGGGGAGCAGCAGCAGAAGGUGCAUGCACAGGGCGAAGAGGGUCGGGCAAUUGAGGAUAGGGAGUUGGGAGGGAAGGAGGGGCCUGUGGAAGGAAAUAUGGAGGUUAAUCGCCAGGUGAAUGAUCAGGUGGCUCAGGAGGGGGUGCAGCAGGUGGACCGCCAGGUGAAUUAUCAGGUAGUUGAGCCAGCUGGUGAGCAGCAGCAGCAGCAACAGGGUGAAAGGGAGGCAGCAGACGGGGCGGCAGAGAGCAUAGGAGGAGUGGGCAAGGGUGGGGUCAUGCGGCAGAUCGGCGAGGAUGCGUACGAGUAUGAUAUGGGGGGUGAUGUGUAUGAGGGUGAGCUGGACUGGAGCAGAGAUGUGGGCGAUGGGGGGGUGGGCAUGCAGGGGUGGUCGGGUGAGUGGACGAGGGGGAGUGAGGUGUGGGGUGGUGCGAGUGGCGUGACAGGUGCUGGUGUGGAGGCAGGGGAUGGUGUUGAGGCCGAGUUGAGUGUGGAGGAGGGAGAAGGCAUGGUCAGCAGCGCAUCGGACGGGGCAGGUGGGGUGGUGGAGCUGAUGGGAGAGUUGGAGGGGACAGAGGGCAGUCCCUUGGAUGCUGAUGCUGGGAUGACAAGAAGUGCGCUGGAGUUUGAGGAGUCAGUUAGUGCUGUCGCUAUUGCUGCAUCCUGCUGUGCUGGUGGUGGUGCUGGCAGUGGUGCUGGCAGUGGUGUUGGCAGUGGUGUUGGCAGUGAUGCUGGCAGUGAUGCUUCGAGCAGCAAAAGUGAUGAGGAGGGGGGCGAAAAAGAAACGGCUGUCAGGGAUGUUGAGGAGGAGGAGGCUGAGGAUGAGCCGGCAGAAGAAAGACAGGAGGAGGAGACUGAGAAGGGGGCAGAGCAGGAGGUGGAGGAAGAGGAGGAGGAGGAGGAGGAGGAGGAGGAAGAGGAGGAGGAGGAGGAGGAGGAAGAGGAGGAGGAGGAGGAGGAGGAAGAGGAGGAGGAGGAGGAGGAGGAGGAAGAGGAGGAGGAGGAAGAGGAAGAAGGGAAGGAUGAAGCACCAGAGGGGGCAGAAGGGGCAGAGGAGGACGAGGCGGAGUGGAGCGACUUGUCGAGUGAAGCGGAGUGGAGCAGCAUGGAGCUGGCGGCCACCCAGUCCCCUUUUGCCCCCUCUCCUCUCCAGUCCAUCAGCCCCUACGCGUCUCUCUCCCCACUGCCAUCCAACGCCCCGAGCUCAGUUGUGCCUCUAGACUGCACUGCUGUCAGCCUCGCUCUUGAACGGCAACAGGAGCAGCAGGAGGAGAAGGAAUCAGGGGCAGAAUCUGGGGAAGAAGUGGAGGGGGAAGAGGAGGAGCAGGAGGAGGAGGAGGAGGAGGAGGAGGAGAAGGAGGAGAAGGAGGAGAAUGAGGAGCAAGAGGAGGAGGAGGAGAAGGAGGAGCAGGAGGAGGAGGAGAAGGAGGAGCAGGAGAGGGAUGAGGGGCUGGAAGGGCAGGGCGGCACAUUCUCUUUUGCCGCUGGCAGCCCAUCUCUAGCGCUGCCCCUCGCCAGCCCUGCUGCGUUGCCUCACGAUCGAAUCACCGGGGAGGCGGACGAGGCUCAAGUCUCUCUUCCCACCACUCCUGCGCCUCAAUGCGCCUCUCCCCAUUCGUCUCCUGGGUCUCAAUGCGCCUCUCCCCAUUCGUCUCCUGGGUCUCAGUGCGCCUCUCCCCAUUCGUCUCCUGGGUCUCAGCGCGCCUCUCCCCAUUCGUCUCCUGGGUCUCAGACUCAGCGCGCCUCUCCCCACGCAUCUCCUGCCUCUGCUUUACCCCUUCUUCCUGCAACCCACCCUGCUUCGUCACCUGCCAGCCCUGCUGACGUGGCAGUCUCUGCUGACGUGGCAGUCUCUGCUGAUGUCGUAACGGCUGGGCGUGACGCCACUGGCCCACCUGAAAGCCCUGUUCUGGAGUCACGCUCGAUUCCAGCUGCUGGUGUUACCAAAUCACCUGACACGUCACCUGGGGCUGCACCUGACAUGGCACCUGGAAAAAGCUCUGCCUCUGUUGAGGUGCUCCCUUCAGGUGCUGUCUCUGUUGUUCUGCCCUCAGGUGCUGUUUCCGUCGUGCUACCUUCAGGUGCCGUGUCUGUCAUGCUGCCUUCAGGUUCUGUCACUGUUGCGCUGCCCUCAGGUGCUGUCUCUGUUGGUUCAGGUGCCAGCCCUGAUUCAUAUGCUGUGAAUUCACCUGAGGCAGCUGGAACAAGAAUGGAUCAGAGUGAGUGGGAAGACUUGAGGGUGGCAGAGGUUGAGGAAAAGGGGGAGAGUGAGAGUGGGAGUGAGAGUGUUGGUGAGAGGGAGAGGGAUGAGGAAGAAGGGGAGGCGCAUGAGGGAGAGAGUGAGAAGUGGGAGGAAUCAGAAGAGUGGAGCGAUGCUGGUCUGGAUGCGGUAACCAGUGAUGCUGGUGAUGCGGUAACCAGUGAAGCUGGCGAUGCGGUAACCAGUGAGGCUGGGGAUGCGGUAACCAGUGAAGCUGGCAAUGCGGUAACCAGUGAAGCUGGCAAUGCGUUAACCAGUGAUGCUGAUGUGGCUGUGGUCAUCAGCAGUGCUGGUACGGAGGAGAUCGGGAGUGGAGGGAGCGUUGAGGAGGCAGGAAGAGAGGUAGGGGAGAGUGAAACGGCAGGUGAUGAGGGCGGGGAGAGUGAUGUUAGUGACAAGGAAUGGUCUGACAUGGAUGGAAGUGAGAGCGAAGGGAGUGAGAACGAGGGGAGUGAGAACGAAGGGAGUGAGAACGAAGGGAGUGAGAACGAAGGGAGUGAGAACGAAGGGAGUGAGAACGAAGGGAGCAAGGCAGAAGCUUCUGAAACUAGGGUGAGAGAAGACACUGAUGGGGAAACUAGGGAUGCGAGUGAGGGGGAGGAGAGUGGGAGAGAGUCACCUCAAGAGGGAAAUGAAGUGGUCACAGAAGAGGCCACGGUGGCCGCGAGUGAGGAAGCAAGGGAGGCAGCAAGCAAGGAAGCAAGCGAGGCAGCAAGGGAGGAAGCAAGCGAGGCAGCAAGCGAGGCAGCAAGCGAGGCAGCAAGCGAGGCAGCAAGGGAGGAAGCAAGCGAGGCAGCAAGCGAGGCAGCAAGCGAGGCAGCAAGCGAGGCAGCAAGCGAGGCAGCAAGCGAGGCAGCAAGCGAGGCAGCAAAUGAGGCAGCAAGCGAGGCAGCAAGCGAGGCAGCAAGCGAGGCAGCAAGCGAGGCAGCAAGCGAGGCAGCAAGCGAGGCAGCAAGCGAGGCAGCAAGCGAGGCAGCAAGCGAGGCAGCAAGCGAGGCAGCAAGCGAGGCAGCAAGCGAGGCAGCAAGCGAGGCAGCAAUUGAGGUGAUGGAAUCUCAAGCAGACACUGAUGCUUCCAUCGCGGUCCCAGCCUUGCAUGCUGCAGCAGGUGGAGCCGAUGAUGACUCCCAUUCUGAAGAGGGCCAAUGGGGUGUGGCCGAGGGAGCAGAGGAGGGAGCUGUUGAAGGGACAGAGGUGGGGAGUGAAGGAGUAGCGGAAGCUGCUGAAGGGGGAGAGGCGGGUGUGAGCAGAGCGGAGGAUGGGGAGCCUUUGGAAGCACAGUCGGGCUUGGUGGGUCGCCAAGCAGCUUCUGAGUUGACAGUGGGCGAUGGAGCGACUUUUGAGUCGACUCAAGAGUUGACAGUGGGCGAUGGAGUGGUGACACUGGAAGAUAGCGAGUUGUUGGUAGCACAGGCAGGUGGGGUGUUGGCAGCACAGAGAGAUGCGACGCUAGAAGCAGCAGAGGCGGGGAGUGCAGUAGCAGCGGAAGCUGUUGAAAGGGAAGAGGCGGGUGCGAGCAGAGGGGAGGAUGUGGAGCCUUUUGUAGCACAGACUGGCUUUGUGGGUACGCAAGCAGCUUCUGAGUUAAGUGUGGGAGACAUGGCAGCAGCAGAGGCACGUGGGUUGUUGGAAGCACAGGGAGAUGAGACGCUAGCAGCAGAGGCAGGUGGCAUGUUGGCAGCAGAAGGGGAGAGCGACGAGUGGAGUGAUGUGGGGUCCGGUGUGGGUGAGUGGGAGGAGGAUGGGCGGUCCGGAGGAGAGGAGAGUGUGAGUGCAGGGGAAGGGGAGGUUGAGAGUGAGGGAGCAGGGGAGGCUGAUGACGGGAGUGAGGGGGAGAUGGAGGAAGUAGGAAGGAAGAAGGAUGGUGAUGUGGAGAGAGAUGAGGCCGAGAAGCAGGAGGAGGAUGUUGAGAGAGAGGAGGUCGACGAGGAGUGGGGGGAGAUGGAUGCCAGGGAAGGAGUCCUUGGCAGCAAAGAGCAGGAGGUGGUGCGAGCAAGCAGCACACUAGUGGCAGAAAGUGUGGGAGGAGACGGCAAUCUGCGUGCUGAUGAGAGGCGUGGGGAUGAGGUGACUUUUGAGUCAACUCAGCAGUCUCCUCGGCGUGUGGGUGAGGAGGACAAGGGGCAGGGUCGUGAGGAGCUGGAGGUUCUGCAGACGUCAGUUGAGGAGGGGGGUGUGGAAGAGAGGAGGGAUGAGGAGGGGGGUGUGGAAGAGAGGAGGGAUGAGGAGGGGGGUGUGGAAGAGAGGAGGGAUGAGGAGGGGGGUGUGGAAGAGAGGAGGGAUGAGGAGGGGGGUGUGGAAGAGAGGAGGGAUGAGGAGGGGGGUGUGGAAGAGAGGAGGGAUGAGGAGGGGGGUGUGGAAGAGAGGAGGGAUGAGGAGGGGGGUGUGGAGGAGGAGAAAGAGGAGGAGAGAGUGGAGGAGGAAGUUGCGGUGGCGAUUUUGCAUGCAGAUGCAGAAGGGAGUGGAGUGGAGUAUGAGAGAAGGAGCGAGAGCGAGAAUGAUAGGGAGCAGGCGAAGGAGAGUGAGGGUGAGAUGGAGAGUGAGGGUGAGAUGGAGAGUGAGGGUGAGAGGGAGAGGGAGGGUGAGAUGGAGAGUGAGGGUGAGAUGGAGAGUGAGGGUGAGAUGGAGAGUGAGGAGAGCAAAAGCGACACUGAGAGUGGGGGAAAGAAAGAAGAUGACAGUGAGAGGGGAAGUGUGAGUGUGAGUGUGAGUGGGAGUGAGAGUGAGAGCAAAAGGGACAGUGAGAGUGAGGUAGAGAGCGAAGGUGACAGUGAGAGGGGGAGUGAGAGUGCGAGUGAGAGGGAGAGCAACCAGGAUGGUGAGAGUGAAGGGGGGAGUGAGAGUGAAAGUGAGAGGAGGAGUGAGAGCGGAAGAAGUAAUGAGAGCAGAAGAAGUAGUGAGAGCAGAAGAAGUAGUGAGAGCAGAAGAAGUAGUGAGAGCAGAAGAAGUAGUGAGAGCAUGAGUGAGAAAGAGAGUGAGGUAGAGAGCAGGAGGGAGAGUAACAUGGGCAGUGAGAGUGAGGGGGAGAGUGCAAGUGAAAGCGAGAGGGCGAGUGGAAGGGACAGUGAGAGUGAGGGAUGGAGUGAGAGUGGGGGAGGAAGCGCAGACGAGCAGUUGAGGAAUGAGAGAGUGACUCAUCCAGAAGAGAGUGAUGCAGAAGAGGCUCUAGCCGGGUUGCACAGCGAGGGUUUGAGGGUUGGGGAGGCAACCCAGGAGGCACAAAGCGAGGCAGAUGCUGCCGGUAUCGCAGAAAGCGAGGCAGAUGCUGCCAGUAUCGCAGGGGCUGACAGGGAGGUAGCGGCUGGGAGACAGGUGGCGGUUGAUGCAGAGGCGGCGAUGGGUGGAGAUGCAGUGGCAGCGAUUGGUGGAAAAGCAGUGGCAGGGGGGGUCUAUCAAGCAGAGGUGGGGCUUGGGCAGGAAGGAGGAGGAGGGGUUGAGUGGCUGCAGGGGCACACUGGAGUAGAGGAGGGGUUAGUGAGGGAGGUGAAGGUGGAGGGCGAAACUGGGGGAGGUGGAGAGGAGGAAGAUGGAGCAGGGGUGGGUGGCGUGGAAGAGGCUGGAGAUUCAGUGGUGUCGACACAGGAAGAGAGUGGGGAGUAUGACGCCGCCGCUGCCGCUGCUGCUGAUGAUGAUGAGGCGACUGCAGGCGUUGAGGUGUCUCAGCAGGAGGAGGCUUCUGCUGGAGUUGAAGCAGUCACCGCAGACAAAGCAGAAGCGGUUACCAGUGCAAGCAGUGACCUGUGCAUUGCAGCGCCACUUGAGCCUGUGGCGUCAGGAGUCCCACCUGUCUCGAGUCCUGUCUCGCUGGCAAGCGCCCCUGCUGUCUCAGCCACCCCUGCUAUCUCAACAGUCCCUGCUGCUGUCAUUGCUCCCUCUGCUCCCUCUGUUGCUUCUCGCCCUGCCAAUUCCUGGAUCCGCCCAGCGCACCCUUCUUCGCACUCCGGCUCUGAUUCCGACUCUGACUGGUCCGACUCCGAACCUGCGCCCAAGCCUGUGCCGAUCCGAUCCUGGAGAGCAGGUGUGGCGAGCGCAGCAGCAGUGCCAGCAGCAGCACCCGCCCCUGUGCCUGCCGCCUCUCCUCGCCCCGCAGUAGCUGUGGGACGGCUGCGAAGUGACUUCCUCAACCGCUUCCAACAGCAGCAGCAGCAGCAGCAGCAGCAGCAGCAGCAGCAGCAGCAGCAGCAGGAAGUGGAGCAACCCUCUGUGGCUCCUCUUACAUCUCCCCAACAGCAACAGCAACAGCAGCCCUCUGAGCCUCCUGCUAUGCUUUUUGAGAAUUCUCAAGAGCAGCAGCAGGUUUCUGCAACUUCCCCUCGCUUCUCACAAGAAACACUACAAAUAGCCACUGCUGACUCAGCUGUUGAUGUGGAAUUUGCUGGUGACGUGGAACAAGCUGCUGAUGUGGAGCAUGCAGCUGAGGGUAAAGCAGAAUUAGCUGCUGAUGGGCAUGAUGAUGUGUUUGCCGAUGGGGACGGGCCUGCACUUGUGGAAUCUGCUGCUGACGUGGCGUCUCCUGCUGAUGUGGAUGCGAGGCCAUCUUCUCCAGAAGGGUCAACCAUCGGCAUGCAAGAUGCUGUUGAUGUGGCAUCUGAUGUGGCAUCUGAUGUGGCAUCUGAUGUGGCUUCUGAUGUGGCUUCUGAUGCCGCAAUCGCUGUGGCGUCUGGUGUGGCUGCUGAUGUGGCAUCUGAUGUGGCUGCUGAUGAAGCUCUGUGUGGGCCUGGAGGGGCUAGUUUGCUGCUGGCGAGUGGGGUGGUCGAACCCUUACUGGCGACGAAAAGGCGGGCAGAAGAGGUGGAAUCAGAAGGAACAGAAAGAGAAAGAAGAAGUGAGGCGGAAGGAGAGAAUGCGGUGGGAGCAGAAGAAUCAGAAAGACGUGAAUUCGAAAGAGAAAGCAAGGUGGAAGGAGAGAGGGAGGCGGAAGGGGAGAGUGGUAUGGAAGCAGAAGUGGUGGAGGCAGGAGAGGUGGAAGCAGGGAGUGACGUGGAAGCAGGGAGUGACGUGGAAGCAGGGAGUGACGUGGAAGCAGAGAGUGACGUGAAAGCAGGGAGUGACGUGGAAGCAGAGAGUGACGUGGAAGCAGUGAGUGACGCGGAAGCAGAGAGUGACGUGGAAGCAGAGAGUGACGUGGAGGCAGAGAGUGACGUGGGAGCAGGGAGUGACGUGGAAGCAGAGAGUGACGUGGGAGCAGGGAGUGACGUGGAAGCAGCGAGUGACGUGGAAGCAGAGAGUGACUUGGGAGCAGGGAGUGGCGUUGAAGACAAGCAGCCAGUCUCAGUCCCAGCAGGUGAAGCCGCAGCGGCACCAGCCCCAUCAGCACCUAACUCCGAAUCUGACUCUGCAGCCGAAGCCGAGGGGGUGGAGCAAGAGGGGGAAGGCAAGCGGCGUGCCUUGGAUGCGACAGGUGAAUCCGCAGCGGCGACACCAGCCCCAUCAGCGCCUAACUCCGAAUCUGACUCUGCAGGUGAAGCCGAGGAGGUGGAGGAAGGGGGGGGGGUGAUGGCACAGAAAGGGUGCUGCAGGUGGGGGAAGCUGUUGCUGCUGAUGGUGCCGAUGCUGAGUCAGAUGACGAAAUGGCCAACGCUGACGUGGGUGCAGCUGUUGGUGCUGAUGUGGCUGUUGGUGCUGAUGUGGCUGCCGUUGAUGCCGCCACUGGUGUGGGUGCAGCUGUUGAUGCACUUGCUAAUGCUGAUGCGAUUGCGUUCGUUGACGCGGCUGCAGAGGUUGCGUCAAAAGCUUCAUCUGAUUCACCUACAAUACUACCUGAUUCACCUGCUGUGCCUCAUUCACACGAUGUGCCUCAUUCACCUGCUGUGCCUCAUUCACCUACUGUGGCUGAAGUUGUUGCUCUGCUUGAUUCACCUCCGGUGCCCCAUGCGCCUGCUGGGGCGGAACCACCUGCUUCUCCCCCUGCGUCUGACACGCAGUCAGUGGCUCCAAUCGAGAGGGAGGAGGAGGAGAGGGAGAGGGAGGAGGAAGAAAAGGAGAGCGAUGAGGAAAGGGAGGAGGAGAGGGAGGAAGAGAGGAAGAAGGAGCGGGAGGAGCUGGAGCAGAACGAAGAUAGGAUUUCGCCUGCUUCCCCUGCUGUUGCUGAAGCACCUUCUCUCAGCCCCGACUUCGCCCCUGCCUCUGACUCGCAGUCAGUGGCUUCGAGUGAAAGGGAGGAGGAGGAAGAGGAGAGGGAGGAGGAGGAAGAAGGGAGUGAGGAGGAGGAAGAGGAGAGGGAGGAGGAGAGGGAGGAGAAAGAGGAGCGGGAUGAGGAGAGGGGGGAGGAGAAGGGAGAUGAGAUAUCGCCUGAUUCCCCUGCUUGAAAGGGAGAGGGAGGAGGAGAGGGAGGAGGAGAGGGAGGGGCUGGAGCGGAAGGGAGAUGAGAUGUCACCAGCUUCCACUGCUGUUGCUGAAGCUCCUUCUCUCAGCCCCGCCUCCGCCCCUGUCUCUGACUCGCAGUCAGUGGCUUUGAGUGAAAGGGAGGAGGAGGAAGAGGAGAGGCAGGGAGAAGAAGAGGAGAGGGAGGAGGAAGAAGAGGAGAGGGAAGAAGAAAGAGAGAGGGUGGAGCAGAAGGAAGACGCGAUCUCGCCUGCUGUUGCUGAAGCGUCUGCUCUCAGCCCCGCCCCUGCGUCUGACACACAGCCAGUGGCUCCAUGUGAGAGGGAGGAGGAGGAAGAGGAGAGGGAGGAUGAGGAGAGGGAGGAGGAGAGGGAGAGGGAGGAGGAGAGGGAGAGGGAGGAGGAGAGGGAGAGGGAGGAGGAGAGGGAGAGGCUGGGGCAGAAGGGCGAUGAGAUAUCGCCUGAGUCCACUGCUGUUGCUGAAUCUGCUUCUCCCAGACCUGCCUCCCCCCCUGCCCCUGACAAACAGUCUGUGGCUCGGAGUGAGAGGGAGGAGGAAGAAGAGGAGAGGGAGGAGGAGAUGGAGGAGGAGAUGGAGGAGGAGAGGGAGGAGGAGAAGGAGAGGCUGGAACAGAAGGAAGAUGCAAUCUCGCCUGACUCCCCUGCUGUUGCAAAAGAGCCUCAUCUCAGCCCCGCCUCCUCCCUUGUGUCUGACGCGCAGUCAGUGGGUCGAAGUGAGAGUGAGGAGGAGGAAGAGGGGAGGGAGGAGAAGGAAGAGGAGAGGGAAGAGGAGAGGGAGCAUGAGAGGGUGGAGGAGAGGGAGAGGCUGGAGCAGAAGGAAGAUGCAAUCUCGCCUGACUCCCCUGCUGCUGCUGAAGCGCCUUCUCUCAGCCCCGCCUUCGCCCCUGCAUCUGAUGAGGAGAGUGGGGGAUUGACGGAGAAAACCGUGGGAGAGGAAAGAGGUUUGGAGGGAGAGGAUGUGGAGGCAGAGAGGGUGAAGGACGAGAGUGUGGAGGGAGAGAGUGUGGAGAGAGAGAGUGUGGAGAAAGCGAAUGUGGAGCUUGAGAAUACUGGGGCUGGAGCAGUGGCAGUGGAUGCUAGCAGCGCUGGUGGCGAGUGGAUAGUCAAGGCUGUCUCAGUGGCAGUGCAGGCAACAGAGGGAGGAGAGCUUGGUGGCGAGCAGAUAUUUGAUGCCGCAGAGGUGGAAGGAGGAGAGGCAGUGGACGGAGAAGCAAAAGUGGAAGAAAGAGCGGCGGAGGAAAAAGCAGCAGUGGAGGAGAAAGCAGCAGUGGCGGCAGAAGAAGCAGCAAUGGGGGAGGGGCAAGCAGCAAUGCGGGAGGGGCAAGCAGCAGCAGCAGUUGAUACAACAGCCCCCUUGGACACCAUUCCCUCUCGCCCUGCCAAUUCCUGGAUCCGCCCAGCGCAGCCUUCUUCCCACUCCGGCUCUGAUUCCGACUCUGACUGGUCCGACUCCGAACCUGCACCCAAGCCUGUGCCCAUCCGAGCCUGGAGAGCAGGUACGGUAUUGGCAGUAGCUGCUGCUACUCCUGCCACCUCUCCUCCCCCCCCAGCAGCUGUGGGGCGGCUGCAAAGUGACUUCCUCAACCGCUUCCAGCAGCAGCAGCAGCAGCAGCAGCAGCAGCAGCAGCAGCAGCAGCAACAUGCUGUGCAAGCCAUGGGGGAUGGCAAGGCAGAGGGGGCGAUGGAAGCGGAUCUGACAAUAAUGGAGGUGAAGGGAGAGGGUGUGACAAUAAUGAAGGUGAAGGAAGGGGGCUUACCUAUGGUAGGGCAUGAGGAGAAGUCGCUGACAACUACAGAGGCUGAGGAAGAGAGAGAGGAGGAGGCUAAGGAGGAGAUGGAGGAAGGGUAUAAGGAAGAGAGGGGAGAAGGGGAUGAGGAAGAGAGAGAGGAGGAGGCUAAGGAGGAGAUGGAGGAAGGGUAUAAGGAAGAGAGGGGAGAAGGGGAUGAGGAAGAGAGAGAGGAAGAGGCUAAGGAGGAGAUGGAGGAAGGGUAUAAGGAAGAGAGGGGAGAAGGGGAUGAGGAAGAGAGAGAGGAAGAGGCUAAGGAGGAGAUGGAGGAAGGGUAUAAGGAAGAGAGGGGAGAAGGGGAUGAGGAAGAGAGGGAGGAAGACGUAAAGGAGGAAAGAGGAGAAGAGGCUAAGGUCGAGAGAGAGGAAAGGGCUCGGGAGGAGAGGGAGGUAGAGGCUAAGGUGGAGCGGGAGGAAGAGGCUAAGGCGGAGAGAGAGGAAGAGGCUAAGGCGGAGAGAGAGGACGAGGCUAAGGCGGAGAGAGAGGAAGAGGCUAAGGCGGAGAGAGAGGAAGAGGCUAAGGCGGAGAGAGAGGAAGAGGCUAAGGCGGAGAGAGAGGAAGAGGCUAAGGCGGAGAGAGAGGAAGAGGCUAAGGUGGAGAGAGAGGAAGAGGCUAAGGCGGAGAGGGAGGAAGAGGCUAAGGAGGAGAGAGCGGAAGAAGAGGCUCAGGGCGAUGCUGUCGUGGCUGCCUCUUCCCCUCCCCCACUCUCCGCCCCUCACCCUCCCACCCUCCUCCCGUCAGCACAGCUACCCACACCUGCUGCCACCAUCGAGCCUUCCUCUUCUUCUCCCCUCACCGCGCCUGCUGUCACUAUCAAGCCACGCGCCCCAGACUCUUGGAUGAGGCAAAAGAACCGCUCUCCCUCCGACUCAGGCUCGGACUCUGACUGGUCUGACUCCGAACCUGCACCCAAGCCUGUACCCAUCCGAGCCUGGAGAGCAGGCACGGGGAGUGCUGUAGCGGCAGUAGCAGCAGUGCCUGCCGCUGCCUCCCCUCCCCCACCAGCAGCUGUGGGGCGGCUGCAAAGUGACUUCCUCAACCGCUUCCAACAGCAGCAGCAGCAGGCCCCUGCGACUUCUCCUGGACAACUGUCGACUGCUACUGGUGCUGCUGAUUCUGAUAGUUCUUCUGUUGCCACCACUACUUCGAAGGGCGGUGUUUCUGGUGGUUCCGGUGAUGUGGUGGGAGCAGCGACGCCAGCAGCAGAGACAGGCGCAGCAGGAGAGGUUGGGGAAAAGAGUGGAACGGAAGGUGAAGCAGCAAGAUCAGAUAACAGCCAAGCAGAGGGCAGUGAGAGUGUUGGUGGAAGGGCGAGUCUCGCAGGGCUGCAAGCAGAGACGACUCCAGAGGCACACAGAGAGAAAGAGGCAGAGGCAGGGGAGGAUGGAGAGGCGGCAGGCGGUGAGGCAGUGGGACAGGCGGCAGCAGUAGAGGUAGUGGAAGAGGGGGUGGCGGAUGCACCCAGCCCUGCAGCAGAUGCACCUACUCCUGCAGCCGAGGAGCCAUCACCUACCACACCCAUUGCAGCACCAGAGGCCGCCUUUGCUGCUCCUUCCAUCACCUCCCCUCAACCCCUCUCCUCCCCUCAACCUUCCACUCCUCUCCUCGCCACGCCUGCCAUCACCAUUAAGCCACGCGCUGCAGACUCGUGGAUGAGGCGGCCCAACCAGGCCAAGUCCGACUCAGGGUCGGAUUCCGACUGGUCUGACUCCGAACCUGCACCCAAGCCUGUGCCGAUCCGAUCCUGGAGAGCAGGUGUGGCGAGUUCAGCAGCAGUGCCAGCAGCAGCAGCCCCAGAGCCUUCCGCCUCGCCUACCCAAACAGCAGCCGUGGGGCGGCUGCGAAGUGACUUCCUCAACCGCUUCCAACAGCAGCAGCAGCAGCAGCAGCAGCAGCAGCAGGCCUCCCUGCCUCCUCUUAAAUCUCCACAACAGCAGCAGCAGCAGCAGCAGCAGCAGCAGUUUUCUGUGUCUCCUCGUGUGCAACCUCACAGCCCCGAGGUUGCUGCUUCAGUUGGUGCUGCUGCUGCUGCGGAUGAUGUUGCUUCCACUGCCACCGCUGGCGGUGCUGCCCCUGCUGCUGCAGCUGAGAGCGCCGUUUCUGUCGGUUCUACCACAGUGGCAACCGAUAGCGCCUUUACAGCUCCUGCUGCUGGUGCAGCAGCCGCUGUGGUUGUAGCCGCAGCUGCUGCUGUACCUGGUGUUAUGCAGGGGAAGGAACUGGGAGGCUUGGGACGUGGAGAGGGCGUUGUAAGCACGGGAGAAGGGGGAGAGGGUGGAGAGGGUGGCCCAGAAGACGACGAAGCGGGUGGAGUGAGCAUUGGUAAAAGGGGGCCAGUGACAGUGGGAGUGGAAGAGGCUGUGGCCGGGGGAGCAGAGACAGCUGCAGAGGAGGGCAGCACGUCAGCAGCCGAGUUGGCAGCAGAGGGAAGUGGGGAGGUGGAGAACGGUUCAGAGGCAGCAAUGGUGGUGGUUGGGCCUGACGAAGAGAAGACAGGGGAGUUGGUGGGAGAGGGAAGGGCGCAGGCGGAUGGGGGUGCGGAGGAGGAGGGUGUAGAGGAGGGGGGGAAGCAGUGGGAGGACCAGCAGGAGUGGGAGGAGGGGGGGGAGCAGACUUGGGAGGAGGAACAGGGCGAAGAAGAAGGGGAGGAAGGAAAAGAAGACAAAGAAGAGGAAGAAGCAGAAGAAGCGAAAGAGGAAGAGGGAAGUGCUACAGAGGGCAAAGAGGAGUCUGAGGCAGAGGAGGAGGAUGCAGAGGGAGAGGAGGAAGAAGGGAGUGAGGGAGGAGAGGCGAGUGAAGCGGGGUCCUCCGAGGAAGUGACUGUGGAAGUGACAGAGGAGUAUGAGGAAGUUACGGUUGAAGCAACAGAGGAGUAUGAGGAAGUCACUGUAGAAGUUACAGAGGAAUACGAAGAGGUAACCGCAGAGGUGACCGAGGAAUAUGAAGAAGUUACAGUAGAGGUUACAGAAGAGGUGACAGAGGAAUAUGAGGAAGUUACUGUGGAGGUUACAGAAGAGGUGACAGAGGAAUAUGAGGAAGUUACAGUGGAGGUUACAGAAGAGGUGACCGAGGAAUAUGAGGAGGUGACUGUGGAGGUUACAGAGGAAUACACUGAAGAGGAAGUUACUGUAGAGGUUACAGAGGAAGUUACUGACGAGGAUGAAACUGAGGAGGCCGCAGAGGAGGCGACAGAAGCAACUGGUGGAAAAGAGGCAGAAAGCAACGAGGGACAAGAGGGGGAGCAAGAGGAAGAAGAUGGGCAGCAGGAGGAGGAACACGAGGAGGAGUAUGAAGAAUACGAGGAGCAGGAAGAGGAAGAGGAAGUGGAGGAGCAGGAGGAUGAGGAAGAGGAGGAAAGCGAAAAAGAGAGCACGAGCAGCAGCCCCAGCAGCACCGGAAGCAGCCCGAAGAAGAAGGCUGAAGAGAAGCAGGAGGAGGAGGAUGACGAGGAAACAAAGCUAAGGAGGCAGGAGCAGGAGGAGCGCAACGCGGAGGAGCAGCGUAAGCUGCGGCUGCGCGUGGCCAGCAUGAAGCGCUUCAACGUGGUGCUCGGGGAGCUGCGCCUGCGCCAAGGCAUCCGCGGGGAGGGGGAGGAAGACGGCGGGGCCUCUGGUGGUGCUGGUGGUGGUGGCGGUGCUGCAGUGGUGCAUGCGGGGGUGGCGGCAGCAGCAGUGGCGCCUGUUGCGCUGCCUGCCAUGGCUGUUGCUGGUCGACCCAACCCACACAGUCCAGGAAAGGUAUGAUAGUAAGUUCGUUUUGAGUCGACUCAAA